AUGCUGUCUGACGAUAACCGAGCACGUCGAGCAGCAGUGCCGUCUCUGGAAUCUCUCUCUUCAAUCUCACUCUCUCUUAUUCCCGCUGCUUCCACCUCACAAAACCUCUCAAAUUCAAUCCUCAAACGCCUCAAACCUCUCAACCGCUCUCUCUCUCUCUCUCUCUCUCUCUCUCUCUCUCUCUCUCUCUCUCUCUCUCUCUCUCUCUCUCUCUCUCUCUCUCUCUCUCUCUCUCUCUCUCUCUCUCUCUGUGUCGAUGUCAGAUUUUUCUUGCACGCUGCAGCAGAGACGACGCCAAGAUGCCGCUGCAACGUGCUUGGCGGAACCAGUAUUUUCUGCUCCGACAUGGCCAGAGCCAAGCCAAUGCCCAAGGCCUCAUCGUCUCAGGGCCGCAAGCAUAUAGCUCAUGCGUGUGUCUGGCUCACAGGCCUCGAGCCGGAAUAUGGCCUGACUGAGACGGGCAAAGAACAGGCCAUUGCUGCAGCCAUGCGACUGAAGCGUCAGGUGCGACGCGUUGAAGACGUCAUCAUUUACAGCAGCGACUUUGCUCGCGCUCGCGAGACAGCGCUCUGCGUCGCUGCCACCCUCAAGCUUGCUGAACCCAACGUUGAUCAGCGCCUAAGGGAGCGCUUUUUUGGAACUUUAGACCUAGGUCCCAGCCAACAUUACGAGGACGUUUGGGAGCAUGACGCUCAUUCGGCCAGCCACACACAAUAUGAUGUAGAACCACUGGAGAGUGUUGUGACCCGCAUGUCUGCAGUGGUCGAGCACUGCGAACAGACACAUGACAACGCUAUCGUAGUGCUUGUGGCCCACGGCGAUCCCUUGCAAAUCCUACAGACCUGGUUCCUGGACGUGUCUCCCUGUCUCCAUCGUCGCUACGCCCACCUCACGACUGGCGAGGCGCGGCAGGUAUGCAUCAUGCACGCGGUUGUGGAGGAUCGAAACAGGCACCAUGUCAAAACCUAUGGGGGCAGGCAAUGA